AUGUCAUCGUUGUUCAAUUUAUUAAAAACUUCAGAAAAGUCUUUACGGUUAGGAAGGCUGACUUUAAUUAAAAAUCAAGAACAAAAAGUAUUAGAUACACCAAACCUUCUAGCUUAUACAAGUCGUGGUUGCGUUCCACACUUGACACCAGAUAAUUUGUCAAGUAUUCCUUUAAUUGGAGCCAUUAACGUUACAUUAGAGCAUUUUAUAGAUGUACAACCACCACCCUCCACGCAAUUUCCAUAUGGAAUACAUAAGUUUUUGAAUUUCGAAGAAUAUCUUGUAUUUAUUGAUGUUCGUGAUCCAGGAAACUUAAAUCUCAUGUCUAAUAACACGGACAAGCAUGUUUCCGUAUAUACGGCUCAUGGAGUUCGCCAAGUUACAUCCGAUUCAUAUAUUAAAUAUAUGAAUAUAUAUAAGCCCGAUAUUUUCGUUAGUUUAGUUGAUAAUAUAGCAGAUGAAGCACCAAGUUUGAAGCGAGUAAAAAGAUCUGUUGAUAGAACGUUGAGAUGGCUUGAUGAUGCGAUCUAUCACGAAGGUGCUCAAGUAUUUGGAGUGUUAACUGGACACAAAAAUCAAGAAGAACGAAUCAGAUCGGCUCAAGAGACUGCGAAGAGAAAUGUCGCAGGAUUCGUUCUAAACGGAAAAUGUUUAGGAAGCACAUCUAGAGAAUGUGUAGAUAUAUUAAAGCCAUCAAUCAACCAUCUACCACCGAACAAACCUCGCUUAGUAUAUGGAUUAGGAACACCAGAGGAUAUUUUAUUAGGUGUGUCCGAAGGGAUUGAUUUAUUUGACACAAGUUAUGUACUCAAAAUGACCAAUGCAGGAAAUGCUUUUGUAUUUUCACUGGAUAUAAAGAAUGAUUUAGAUUCUUUUAAUCGACAACAGCAAAUAAUAAGUUUGUGGGAUAUAAACUAUCAAAAUGAUGCUCGGCCUUUGUUGGCCGGAUGUCAGUGUUAUUCAUGCAAAAAUCAUACUCGAGCUUAUGUUCAUCAUUUACUUAAUACUCAUGAAAUGCUUGCUACAGUGUUACUCAUGAGUCAUAAUUUGUUCCAUUACACAAAAUUUUUCAAGGAUAUUAGAGAAUCCAUCAACCAAGAUAUGUUCUCUCUGAAAGUAGAACAGUUUUUUAGAGUAUAUAGUGAUGGAGAAAAAGAACAAAAGAAUUUAUCGUCAAUAAUUUUAAAUUAA